UCCUGCAGUUAGAACAGUUCAUGGUCAAACAGAGGAAAGUGUGUGUGAAUGUUACAGCUCAUGUAUUCGGUAUUUAUGUUUCUUGGAAACCCUUUUUUUUUUUUUAACACUAGAUAAACUGUGUUGACUGAUAAAGGAUCAUGAUGAGCCUCUUGCAGAGUGCUCCACAGCUUUUCUCUUCAGCAGAUGAUAUAGUGUAUCAUGGCUUGUUCAACCAAGGGGCCACAUGUUACCUGAACAGUGUGCUGCAGGUGCUGUUCAUGACCGAGGACUUCAGAAAGGCUGUGGAAAGGUGUGACCCUCAUAACCCUGAGUGUAUUGAUCCUCAACUCAAAGACGUGUUUGAUGAGUUACUGAAACAAACAUCAUACACUUACAACAUCACAAAGAAGCUGGGCAUCCACAAAGUGAACAAGCAGCACGACGCUGCCGAGUACUUUGAGAAGAUUCUCACUCUGACCAGUUCUGAGGCAUCACAGAUCUUCCACGGAGAGUCGACGCAUAAGAUCACAUGUUCCCAAUGUCAUGAAGAGAAUAACACAGAUGGGAGAUUUUGGUAUCUUCCUCUGGAACUGGUGGAUUCCCACAGUGAAGUCUACAGUGUGGUGGACUGCAUCGAUGAGUAUUUCCAAACCUCACAUUUCAGUGGAGAAAACCAGAUGUACUGUGACAACUGUGAGACCAAAUCUGAUGCUACUAUGACAUGUGUAAUGAAGCAUCAUCCAGAUGUUCUGACGCUGCUGCUGAAGAGGUUUGACUUUGACUACCGUUACAUGUCGUACGUCAAAAACAACCGGGUCGUGGUUGUUCCCUCCUCCCUCCAAAUCCCAGAGAAUCAGACGUAUGAGCUGUAUGCCUGUGUGGAUCACUUCGGUGAUCUUAGAGGUGGACAUUACACAGCAACGAUAAAGUCCCAGGAUGAUGGGAGGUGGUACAACUUCAACGAUGCCAGUGCCACGUUGCUUGAUUACCAGCCGUUCCAAAAGGACAUCAUUGAGAGAUCCGAUAGUGCUUAUCUCCUCUUCUACAGGAAAAAGAAACAUAUUCAUACUCAAGAAAUCAGUGAGGUGGUCACCAAUGGAGGUUUACCUCUGCCUGCUGCUGGACACGAUGGGGACGAGGGUCCAGAUGUUGGGCCGAUAACAGAGCGAGAGGAGGGUGAGGAGGGUGACGAUGGUGAGGAGGGUGACGAUGGUGAGAAGGUUGAGGAGGGUGAGAAGGUUGAGGAGGGUGAGAAGGUUGAGGAGACGGCAGAAGUUGGUUAUGACAAGACAGAGUCUGUCUCCAUCGACAAAAACAAAGGAACCGGAAUUAAAGAGAACGUCAGUGUUGGUUCUGCAGGACCGGAUCCCAUUUGUCAUGUGGAGGAUCAGGACAAUGGAGCUGGUGUCAGGCAGAGGAAACAACACAUCGAUCAGGAGGGUAAUGAGGAGAGCAGUCACGCGUUUGCUAAUCUUCCAGAUAAAAAACAAGAGGAGGAUGAGGGGGAAAUGAGGAAGGAGGAGGAGGAGGAUGAGGGGAAAAUGAGGAAGGAUGAUGAGGAUGAGGAGGAGGAAGGAAAGGCAGAGAUUGAGGAUCCGGCAGAAAAGAGAAGCGGACUGAUGUCUGAAGAGGCUCAGCUAGAUGAUGUUAAACAAGGGAGAGCAAAUAUUCAUCAGGAUUUGAAACCAGAGGCCAGUGACAGCGAUGCAACAUGUGAUCGUCUUAUUGAAAAAGACGAGGGGAGAGAAGUAGAGAUGGACAGGGAUGGAGGAAAUGAAGGGUUAGAAAAACCCAAACUUCUGGACAGUCAUGCAGAGAGCCAGGACAAAGAAGAAUCACACGAUGUCAGAUAGACGCUUAAUGAAGAUCAGGGAGAUGAACAGGAGGAUUUAGAGGUUCAUCUUGUUAGUACGGACAAAAAAGGAAGACGAGGAGGAGAUGGAAGUUGAUGGUAGCGAGGGAAAGAAGGGAGCUAAUAAACUGACCCUAACCCAGACUUCAGAGUGGGAUUAGAGAUAAUAACACUGCUCGUCAUUGUCAUGAUGCACAAGGUGUUCCUCAUGUUGUCAGUAAUCAGUCAGUUACAUUACUGUAAAUCUGCUUAUUUCAUUGGCCGGUAACAGAAAGCAUCAAGUAGAUGAAGUCACUGACGUCACUUUUUACGGAAAGGUUAUGUUUUACACACUAAAGCAAUACAUUGAUUCUGACCUUUUUUAAGAGAUAAAUAUAUAAAUGACGCUGAAUGUAACGUAUGAUUUAGUUUCAGAGAAAAGAUUGUGGAGGGAAAUUCAAAUGUAAAACUUUGUUGAGAUGUUUUUUAACGUUCGUUGUCUUAUUUCUUAUGCUACUGUCUUCACUUACAAUCGUAAAUAAAGCUUUCGGUAAGUUUAGAGUUUAUUAUCUUUGAAAUGAAUGGAUUCUGUUGUUGUUUACCUUAUGUUACUGGAAGGGUUUAAAUCAAAAAUAAUAAAAUAUGUAUACAAUAAUAAUGAUAAGGACAUAAAUAAAAAUGAAAAUAAAGAAUCGUGAAU